AUGGAGCUCGUUCAAGUCCAAGGCAAUCUAUUAAGGUUUCACAAUGCGACCUUGCAAAUUGGUAGUAUCCGGGAAAUGCCUUCGGUAAAUACUUACUCAAACGGGAUCAAAUUCGUGCACAUCCGGCCCAAUAUUAGCAACGAGGACCGGUCCGACGGGCCAGUUGGCGGUCCCGAGUUGCAGGUCCACAGCGACGGCUUCAACAAGGAUAUCGGGUUAGCACCAACAACCUCGUAA